AUGCAUGUGCCAGCAGCAGCAGCGGCUGCAGGGACAGCCUUCACAGGCAAAUGGCUUUUCGACUACAACCGCGCGAACUUCCAGUAUGAUGUUCCCCAGCGCUUUGGGCGCUUCAUGACCUCGCGUGGGAUGCUAAAUGCGCAAGUCGGCCAGUACCGUCAGGAUGUCCAUGGAAUUGCAGAGCUGACGUCAUCGAAGAUGGACACAGUGCAGGCCAUGAUGACUCUCGUACUUUGCGUUUGUGCUGCACUUUCAGAUGCCGGACGGAUUGGGAUGCACGGCUGCGCUCCUCCCCAGUGGCUGUGCGGACUCUAUUCAGGCCACAUCUACACGUCCAUUUUGUACUGUGGUACCGCACUCUGGCUGGGCAUGCAUGGAUCACUUCGCGCGCAGUGUGCCAUGACAUCUUUGCUCACCCGAAAGGUCAGACUGCCAAUUCCAUCCAUGGCGCAACUCGAUGCAGCCCGCUCGUUUGGCUCUGCGUUUGAGCAACAGAAGUUUGGCGACAUUUUCCGAGUGCCAUUUAUGCGUCAUCCUGAAGAUGCGCCGGAACUUCCGCCCGCUGAUGCUGGUGACUCUGGGGAGGAUGACGAUGACAAAAAGGAGAAGGGGAGCAAGGACGGCAAAAAAGCAGGAAAGAAAAAGGCAUCGAAGGUGCAUUUGCCGGAUCCGAGAACAGAGUUCAGCAGCACGGCCCGCGACACCGUUCCGUCAUGGAUUCGUGAUGAACAGGUAGUCGACAAGGGUGGUGGACUCAUGGGGUUACCUGCUCGUGAUGACUUCGAACCUUAUGAGACGCCAGAUCAUUUCAAGAUGCUUCUCGCGGCCCAAGAAGAAUGGUGGCAGUACGAUGUUUACGCUCGAAUCCUGAUGCUAUAUGGGUCCUGCCAGUUCUUGUAUGCAGUUUGCUAUUACUGCAUCGGGACCACUACAGCAGAGCUUCGUGGUUUUUGGAUCUCAUGGUCCAUGCCCAUGCUUUUCAUGGCGGCUCAAGUGCUGAUCCUUCGUCUGGACGUCGUCCGCACCUCCGGAAACCACAUGCUCCCGAACGCUGAGUGGAUUGGCCACCUUGCGCCCUACUUUGCAGUGACUGCCACCACGCUGGAGUAUCGGCAUCUUUAUUCUCCUACCACGGUCAUCCUCACAUGGGUAUUUGUUUUCCUCACAUACUUUGCACACAUCGUGAUGGCUAUGCGCUUCCUGGAUUUGGCAUGGCCAGACUGGAAUCGUGCAACAGAUAUGCCGGACGAACCAGGAAAGCCGUGGUGGCCAUCGUCCUGGAAAGUGCCUUCCGCAUUUCGGAAUGCAUUGUGGCUGCUUGCUCCGCCGAAGAAGCUGGAACCUGGCCAGCAUGACUUGCUUCAUGAAGCCGAGGGCUUGCAAAGCUCUGGUGGUGGAGCAGAGAUCAGACGUCGCGGAGGUGGCAAGGACAAGAAGGGUGCGAAAGCAGCAGGCAAAGCAAAGGAGGUGGGAGAAGGCCUGAUGUCAGAUGAAGCUGGCGAUACCUCACCAAAGACCUACCACGGCGAGGCAGAAGGAGCAUACACAGGACGCUCACCUUUCAAAGCCUUCGCGGAAGCUCGAUCACCGGACUUACCCUGGCAACUGGCUCGGGUUGCAAUUUGCACCGUGGGUUUUCUUUGGUUGUACAUGGGUGUGGCGCUAUUUGUCGAGAUGAACGUCGGGCCGGAUACCCUAAUGAAGCCUCCCGGAGAGCCUCCAUGGAUUCGUGACCAGAAGAUGAAGAACAUCUGGGUUCCCAAAGCAUGGCACAUGAGCAGUGAGCGGCUGCCCAGCGACUACCGCCUCGAGUCCUCAACUUUGGCCAAGUAUGAGGACGGAUCAAUCGGAGGUUUCAAUCCAGAUGACAUUCAUUCACCUGGAGUGGGGCAGAGCGGUGUGCAGGAGUCCCCUGAACAUGGACACAGUGGAGGACAUUCCGAGGGCGAGAGCCAUUCGGCACACAGGCGGCUGGCAGGAGAUGACCAGUUGCUUCGCGAUCUCCUCAAGGCGAAAGAUGGUUUGGCUUGGUUGCACGACUCUCUUCAAGAGAUCGAGGCCAAGCAUCAGGCUCCUUUGGAGUUGUCGCCAUCAACUUCGCCACCCUUCAUGGCGCCAACUACCGUGAACGUCAAGGAGGUGAAGUGGCCUGCUCUCUUUGAACCGCAACACUUGCUGUGCAGGGGAUCCGAACUAAUGGCCUUGACGUCUCGUGGAUUUGGGGCGCAUCUCUUGAAUCUUGACGCUCAAGAGGUUGAUGUGAACUCUUUCGCGCUGGAGGGACUUGGAGCCAUUCGCUCGCUUGUGGGCGGAAAUUGGCUGGAUGACGGGCUGCAGCUCAUCACAAAGGUUGGCGAGCUGUUCGACUGUCCCGGCGCGGCUCCAGUGAAAGGGCGAUGGGCCUGCAAGAACUCGACGACUAAAUUGCCGCUGCCACGUGGAUCGUCACUUCUUGCGGCUGCAAUGUCAAAGCCGGAGGAGACUGGCCGAAUUGUUGCGUUGCUGUUUGAGAAAGAUCCAAGCAUUGUGAACCUCUUCCAUGACGAUGCAGCCGGCUGGACGUCAGUGGGCGAGGUGCACCUGCCGUCCACUGCAGGCCACGUUGGCUUGUCGAUCUCCGGUAAGGACGUCCUUGCACUCCUGGACAGCGGCGCGGUACUGCGGCGCAACAUUCUGGAAGGAUCUACAACAUGGCAUCCACCACCACCAGCCACGCAGCUGCCACGGGAGUACCGUGCAAUCUGCAACAAGGAGAGUGAAGCAGGUGGCUUGCUGCGUCUAGCCCUUCGACAAGCCGCACCAAAGUUGGAGGCUUGGCUACCUGAGCUCUCCGUGGACUGA